AGUACUUGGACCGAGAAGCUCUUCCUUCUCUCUUAUUCAUUCGCAUCGUUCGUAAUCCUAACGCCUGAGCGGAAGCGAUGCUGCCAGCGGAGGGUCACGAACCGGCGACCCAAACUGAAGUGACCUACGCUAAGGUGGUAACAGACACCCUCCAUGGCCGUCGCGUACAUCUUCAACCAUGUCUCUUCUCCGACAUAAACUUUCUGGAUCUCCCAGCCAAGAUGCCAGGUAGAUACAAAGGGUUCCCAACGGUUUCGUUCUCUGAAAACGAUGUCCAGGUUAUCUCUUCCAACUUCCAAUUUCCUCUUGUUGGGACUUUCCCAAAACGAAGACCACACCUUUCUGCGAUUCGAAAAGCUCUGGAAGCUAUAUUCCGUAGGGCUUCUUCAAUCGAACAAAAUUUUGGUUAAUUUCCUUUCAAACUCCGAUUUUCAGCGAUUUUGGUUAAAGAAAAUCUAGGAUUUUUAUGGGAUUUUUACUGUUUGAGACGAAUCUGAUUUUCCUUUGUUUCUUCGUGUUUUUUGAGUCGGAAAUCUCUCCUCAGUGCAAUUCCGAGCUUAGGUUGUGUAAUAAUAAGAGAAUAUAGUGGAGCUUGACUAUGGGGGCAGGAUCUUGUUAUUGUGUAAGUGUGUAUGUACAAAGCGUUGGAUUUCAUGUAAUUUUAACUAUUUAUAUUUCUCUUUAGUUUGAUUAUUAAUCUGGGUUGAUAUAUUACCUUUACAUGUGGACGUUUUUCGGCUAAGUACUUGCUGAAAGGAAUUUCAUAUAACAUUGGAAACCUUAAACGAUUAAUUCUCCUAGAUGUCCAUCACAACAGUGUGUAAAACAAGAUUGAUAGAUUUUCAAAUUGAGUUUUGUUUUCUUAUUAUUGCUAUUCAUAUUAACCAGGUCUUUGUCUUGACUCGACUGAUUUUGUAUUUUAUUAUUAUAUAACUUGCUGGAAUUUCAUUGAUAAAGGGAUGUUCCACUCUUUUGGAGUUUUAUCUAGGGUAUAUAUGAUAUAUCCUCAAAGUUUUAUAUAGUCCAAGACUUUCUCUAGUCUAGGUUUUUACUUUUGAUCAUUCCUCUCUAAUAAGAACAAUGCUUUUACUUCAUUACAAACAGAAAUAGGAGAAUUGUCUCCAUUGGGAUCACUUGAUCUGCACAGUAAUGAGAUGAGUGAGUUGUGAUGAAUGUAUUAUAAUGGAGCAGAUGAAGAGAAAGAAGCAGAAAUGCAGAUUGUUUGCUAUAGAUGCAAAGCAUGUUACUCAUAUAGUAUGGGAAGAGUAAAAAUUUUUGAUGAUCCAAAAAUUCAAAAGAGUAGCAGGGGCUCAAUCAGCUCCUUUAGGCCCCUCUGCCGUUCCAAGAGAAAGCACAUAGAUUAAAAUAUAUCUCAAGGUAUGGAGUAUGGAGUAUAACCUAUUUUGAUGGGAAGCCGUUGAUAAUGCUUGCAGCAACUUGGAAGUGGUUCCAACAUGCCAUCAUGAGUGAGAGUGUCUGAAGCAUGCUUCGUUGUGUGACCUUGAGGUUUCUGAUCCUCAAAAAGUGGGUUGCAAAUGGAUCAAGCCAUACGCUACAGCCUUCGUUAACUGACUACUUUCACUUAAUACUUCCUAAUAAUCUAUCCACUAACAAUGAAAUCAUUUUUUUUCAAGCUGAUGAAUUGCUCAAUUAUUGGUAGAUGGCAGUCAUUCUUACAUGUUCCGCCAGGCAGAUAAGAAAAUCCCCCUAAUUAAUAUUCUUAUCUGAUCUUCUUGACUCAAUUGCACUUUUAUUUACAUUGAACAAAAUAUAUGUAUAACAUGGUAGAGUGGAUGCCCAUUGGAGCUGAAAGUGAACUCUGGUGCUGAUUUUAUGAUACAAUUUAAUUAAGAUGUUAAGUUGUGACAUUCAUUGUUAAAAUUUGUUAUUUGGGAUCUUAAUCUUUAUUUACACUUCUUACAUUAUUACAUGAUGAUGCUUUUUUGUUACAUGUUGCUAAUAACUUCUUUCAUUUUGUAUCCUACAAUUUUUUUUCAUUAGUUUGUAUAUUCUAGGUGUGCACACAGGCUUCAUUGCUUCUUUCAUUUUGCAUCUUACUCAUUAUCAAGAGUGAUUGACAAAGAAGCUUAGGGGGGAUUUGGAAGAGCCAUUGUAGAAGCUAGGUCUGCACACAGGCAUGAUGCAUGGCAGUACUCCGUGAACACUAUCGUGCAACAAUAUCUUUCUCAGCGUAAAUAAUUCUGCCACAGCAUCAAAAUUUCCUUAUUCAUGUAUCCAUCUCCCUAUCAAAACUUGGUAUAUUCAGUGAGUUUUUUCUUCCUUGCCCAAGUUUGCUCACUAAAAUCCAUUUAAUUACUUAGUAGAUAUUACUUAGUAAUAUCUACAGUAGAUACUUUUGAAUCUUAAGGAUUUAACCAAAUUCAGCAGAUUUUUUUCAUGCACAUUUUAUCAAUGAUUUUCUCCAUUUGAUUGCCAAUCCUUAACAUCAUAUUUAGACAACUCAUACUUACAUGUUACAUAGUUUUUAUGCAAAAAUCAGAAGGUUAUGACUGCAGAUUUGUUCUUCCUUGCAUAGAAAUUAUUUUCUUUCAUUCUUUAACAGUUAAGGCAUUCUUUUUGCAUUUAGGAGAUUGUUUCUGGAAAAGAACAUCAGCUUAUUGCUACCAAGUCUUUCAUAAUUUCAUAGCAAUCUUCCUGCUAUCCUGCAUAUUUUAGUUGUUGUUCUAUAUUUCUACAUGUUAUUAAUAGAGAGUAUCUACAUUUGCAGCUGCAUCAUCCUUUUUUCUAUACAAACUAUUUACACUAGCUUUGUGAAUAACAUCUUUGUAAAUUCUCACAGCAAGAAAAAGUUAUAUCUGUAGUUCUCACAUACAGUUAGUUCUUUUUUUUAAUAUUCAAACCUCUCUUUCUGAGUGUCUUAAUGGAACUCGACUGCUCUUACGCCCUACAAAUCUCCACUAGAUACAACUGUGGAUGGCUAUUCUUAGGUCUGUAAUUUUCGGCUACUAUCACAAUGUAUCCCAGAGUUUAAAGAAUAAGUUUACCCUCAUAUAGAAUCAGUUCGAUAGCCUUUUCUACUGUAAGUAUAUAGAUUUCAUAGGAAAACACCAUUGUACUUCAAGAGGUUGAAAAGGAGAAACCCAAAAUGGAGACCCUGAUGUUAUUGAUUAAUUAGCCAUAUACUAUUGGAGUUUGUAUACUAUUGGAGUUUGGUGUUGGUUCAUUGAUUUGAGGCCAUUUUCGUAGCCUGAUACACAUCCAGAAAACUUUUUUUUAUUAAGCUACUUUGAAAACUUAAUAAUGGUAAGGGUUUAUGGGCUGCUUGGGUUAAAUCUCUUACAGGUAAUGUUGUUUCUGUUGUGUAUAAUUCCUUGGAAUCUGUCCAUAUUACUUUUGAUGUGAAUUGUUGUGUACACGUUAAAAAUGGAUGCAGCUCCUUUUGGUAUUCUAACUGGAGUGACUUAUGCCCUAUGUACCAUUUUAAGAAUGAUAUCCCCUAUGCUAUUGAGCAUUUGACCGUUUCUGAAGCUAUGGCUAAUAAUAACAUUAUCCUUCCAGUCCAACUGCCUACCCAGAUAUAUUAUUGACAGGAUCCACGAUAUGAACAUCCAUUUUAGUGAAGAGAACGAUACCCAAAUUCGGAAACCCAACAUGCAAUUUCAGUUUUAAUAGCUCCUAUGAUGUUAUUAGGCCAAAAAUGAGUCCUAUUUCCAAUGCCAAGUUUUUCUGGAAUAAUCGUACCCAAAAAAGAUCAUUUUUCUUAUGGAGGCUCAACAACUGCCUUAUUCCUUUCAAGGACAAACUCAUCAAUUUUGGUAUCCAUGGCCCUUUCAAGUGCCCUUUUUACAACAACAAGAACACUUUAGACCACUCUUUUUUGAAUUGUCAUUUUGCAAGAAGCAUUUGGCACCAUUUUGAAAGCUGUUUUAACUUGUGUCCCUCCAUCAAUGGCACCUUUAAUAAUUAUAUUACUAGAUGGUAUCUUGAUUUCAAAAGCACUAUAAAAGAUUUCAAUCAUGUUCUGCCCAAUACCAUUACUUGGCACCUUUGGAAAAUUCGAAACAAAACCAUUUAUGAUAACAAAAAGGCCACCUUCCCUGAGGCGAUAAAUGCUUUAAAGACUGAAAUUUUUGCUAUGUCAAUUGCCAAACCGUUCGCCACAAAUGAGCAUGCUGGCCCUUUCAAUAUUUUCACCGCCCCUACCAAUAAAAAAGACAAGAGACCUGCUAUUACUGUCUAGACCAAACCUCCCUCUAGCUACUGCAAGAUUAACAUAGCUUCCCGCAUUUUAAAACCCGGCCUUGUUCGGUCCGCUGCCAUUGUCAGAAAUAACCAGGGCAACUACAUGGGUCAUGCUACCCAUCUUGCGAACCACGGCCAACCUACUAAUACUUUAUAUGAUGCUAUUGAUUAUAUUAUCCCUCUCCUGUGCGAAAUUAACUGUUGUAAUUUUAUUUUCAAGGUUGAUCAUAAAGAUGUCUAUGAAGGACUCUCAGGGCUAUCACUCCAGCAUUGGCAAUUCUGGCCACGUAUUCAAAGUAUCCGGGCAAAGCUAAAAAAUGUCAACUACAUAGUUACCCAUGUCAACCCGAAGAUCAAUAGUGCGGCAGAAUUCUUAGCCUAUAAAAAGCAUGUCUAUUAAAACCACCACUCAUGAUUUUAAUCAUUUUGUAGGCAUUCUCAAGUUUGAUGCUAUUAGUUUUCCUUAUAUUAUUUGAUCUCUUGUUUUCAAGUAGGCAUCGGUUUGGUCCUCCUACUCUUUGUAAUCCUUUCUUCAUUUAAUAAUUGGCGUGGUGUUCCCUGGCCCUGCCUCAUAACCUUAGGAUUUUGGACUUAAGCCAGGAUUAAAAAAAGAGGUGGGAAGGCUAUUUCUUAUAGUGGUAAUAAAGUUUUUAUUAGGCAUGGCCUCA